CAUGAUACAAUAUCUGUAACCUCUAUUUUUUUCUAUUAUUAAUAUUUAACGCAAAUUUCCCCACAGCCAAAUAAUUUACAAGAAAUUCCAGGGAGGCGAUUAGCUUCAUAACAAUUUAAAAACCACCUAAGAAAGGGAGGCGAGACAUUCCGCACGGCACAAGGCGAAUCACUCUGUUGGAAUCGGCUGUGAUCUGUGGAAUUCAAGCGCGAUUCAUUCGGUAAAUCGCAAACAAUUAACGGAGGCAAAACUCAAAGAAAACAUUUGAGGAGACACUUCUUAUCUCAGAGCAAACAUUUGAGGGUGAAAUAACCUGAGCCGGCGAAUUACGUCGUAGUCAUUGGAGGUUAUCACUGCAACAUGAAGCUGUCCUUCGUGGUAAUUUCCGCCGCUCUUCUCGUGUCACAGUUUUUCCUCGCUCAAGGCCUCUUCCUUCCAUGGUCGAAAAUCAAGAAUGACUCCACUGACGGCUUUCUCAUUUCCAUGAAACGACUUGACUUGAAUAGGAAGUAUGAAGGCAGCGACCUUGAAAAGCUGAAGAAUAUAACCAGGCAGGUAUCUUUGGACAACAGGUGUUUUGAAGAUCCGGAAGGUCCAAUAUCCGUGGGGUUUCACAGCUAUCAUCCUUACGUCUCUUUUGCCAUGGGAGGUAAAUCCCUCCACCUCCGUGGUAUGUUCCCCUCUAUACUAGCAGACACACUGGACUACUGCUGUCAGGGUGGGAUGGACAAAGUAAAAUUUGCCAAGAUGUUAAAAACGCCGCUGGAGGCAGAGGAUCGUUUCCUAAGCGAUGACGUAAACGAAUACGACUUUACCUUUCCAGUUCACGCGCCCGAGGGAACAAAGUCGUUUCGGGAUCACCCGUUCAUCCCGCUAGUGCACGUACCCAGUGUGGUGUUCCUGGCGUAUGAUGGGAAUGAAAGAACCACUAAGACCCAUGCCAUUGCUGCGACCAUUCUGAAGGCCUGGCCCAUCAUGGUGUUUAUUCUUCUCACGGCUACUUUCUCUGGUAUCAUCAUUUGGUUCUUGGUGAAACGACUGCGCUGA